CUAUUUCAAUUGAAAGCAUAUCGUGUCCGUAGUUGUUGUCCCUACUUUGUAAGUAAAAUUCCAACCCAGAGUAGACAUUUGUAAGCCGCAUAACAAGCAGCACAUGUUGAGUUUUGUAUCUUAAUUGUGCCAGUUUUUCAAAAAUAUAAUUCAGGACAUACCUAUUAGAAAAAAAACAAAGCAAGAGAAGAAAGCAAAGAUGACAGAACUACUAUCAAAAAUAGAUUCUCCUGAAUUUCAUGCUUUAUUUACUCCCCAACUGGAAAUACUUAUCAAAGUGUUUAAAAAACACAACCAUAUGCUCAGGAUUACUGGUGGAGCAGUACGAGAUCUUUUAAUGGGGAUAGGGCCAACUGACAUUGACUUUGCUACAACAGCCAGCCCUGAAGAAAUGAAGAUAAUAUUUACUGAAGAAGGUAUCCGAAUGAUUAACCUGAAUGGUGAAAAGCAUAAAACUGUCACUGUAAGAAUUAAUGACAAGGAAAACUUUGAAAUUUCUACACUUCGAACAGAUUCAGCAAUUGUCAAGGGAGCUGCUACACAAGAACUUGAUUCGUAUUGGCAGCAAGAUGCUAACAAAAGAGAUCUCACCAUAAAUGCAAUGUUUCUCGACUUUGAUGGUGUCUUAUAUGAUUAUGUCAAUGGUCAGGAAAACCUGAAAAGCAAAGUGGUGAAAUUUGUUGAUAAUCCAGAAGAUAGAAUCCAGGAGGAUUACCUCAGAAUCCUUCGCUACUUCCGGUUUUGGGGCAAAAUUGCUUCUUCAUCCAGUCAGCACAACCCUGAUACUUUGCUUGUCAUCAAAAAUAAUGCUCAUGGCCUAUCUAAUGUUUCCGGUGAACGUAUCUGGCAGGAGUUAAAGAGGAUUGUGAAUGGACCCCUUACUGCUGAUAUGAUGUCCACAAUGUUUCAUCUGGGGGUACUUAGCUAUAUUGGAUUGCCCAAGACAAGUAAUAUUACAGAAUUCCAAAAUGUAUGUGAUAAUUGCCAGCAACUGUCACCAUCACCAAUAACUUUAAUUACUGCAUUGUUAGAAACAAACAAGGAGCUGUUGAAUUUCCAAAGUCGUGUAAAAAUCUCAACUGAUGAGCUCCGACAAGGGACAUUUAUUAUCCAGCAACGAAACAAACUGAACGCUACAGAUGAUACCAUUAGCUAUUGUCAGCAGUUACUAAUGGACAGAAAAGAACAUAAUAUCAAAUCUUACAUCAAAGAACUACUGAAAUACAAUGGUAAACAUGAAGUAUUAAAGAAUUUUGACCAUUGGGAUCCACCGAAAUUUCCUGUUUCUGGCUAUGAUUUGCUAGCGCGCAAUAUUCCAAAAGGAUCACUUUUUCAGAAAAUUAUUUCCAAAUUGAAAUGUAUUUGGAAAGAAAGUAAUUACUCUAUGAAAAAAGAUGACCUACUUGAUAUGGUUGAGCAAAUUUUAGAAAAUUUAAAAUAAAAACAUAUAAAGGGGAGUUAAAAAAAAAAAAAGCAAGCAAAAUUUCUUGUAUUUCACCCGGCUGUUGAGCCUUGACUACAGGUGCCACCAACCUAAACAGUCAGUCGUUUUCAAAUUAGAAGCAGCUAAAUAUAUAUUCAUAUAUUGAGCCCACAUGAGGAGAGUAAAGUGAACAGGCAAAAAUUCAUGCCUUCAAUAACUUAUAUUUCUAAUUAAAUGACAUAUAAUGAACAAUUUGAUAUUUCUAAAAGAAAAUAAAUAUUGAUUUCCAAUGUUUCGUUUAUAUGAGAGCCAAGUUUGAAUAUUUUGCCAUAGAAUUUGAAAAUUACAUUACAAAUCACACUUAAUAUGUAAUGCAAGCAUGUCUGAACUAACCAAGCAUACUUCUUUAAGACCACCAUUAAAACUGAAGGCAGUACUUUGAUUUAGUACAUGGCACAGAACUUGCAUAUACUCUUUCCACAUAUCUUCUUGAAAAUAUGAGCAGGGCUUAUGCAAUUUGUAGCAAUAGUGAGUGUGAAUGAAAAUUAUCUCUCUAACCAAUUUUAUAAAUAACAUUAAAAUAAAGUUAGAGUUGAAAAGAGCAGCUUUCUAUUGAAAAGACAACCCAUUAUUGGUUGGUGUCUCCUGUAGUCAAGGCAACAUUUUUAUUUACAUUAGCAACUUACUUCAAAACAUAGGAAAUAUGCAUUCACAUCGGAGAUUAGAAUUCUGAAUACAAAAAUUUGGUUACAAUAUAUGUCAAAUGUCCAAAAGAUAAUAAGUUGCUUUUCAGCUGAAAAACAGAAAAUUACAUAUCCAAGAUAACAAUGAGAAUUUCAUUUUUUAAUUUUCCUAUGAUUCUCACGCUCCCACCACCACAUAAAUAGUCACAUACUUGAAAACACUAGCUUAAUUUUAUAUAAAUUAAUCAGAAAUAGUUUAAUGUUACUUUCAGAUGUUGUGAAGCCUUUGCAGAACUGUUUCCAAUAUUUAACCAUCUAAAUUUACUUAAGGUCAUUUCUCUAUGAAAUAUAUAUUUUGCCCACACCAUUGCAAUAUACAAAUAAUGACUUUAAUCUGACAUACAAUUGUAAUGUACUUUCUAACAAAAUAUUUAAGCAAGCAAAAUAUAACAUCCAUUGAAAGCAAUCCGGUUGUAUUAAAUGUUGCAGAGUCUAAUGACAACAUUCUUUAUCAAAUGAAGUAGCAACAAAACUAAUAAUAUUGGUUUUCAGCUUGAUAUUUAUAAAAACCAGAUAUUAUUCUACAUAAAUCCACUGAAGCAAAUAAGACUUUUAUGAAAAUAUAAAUACAGAUGAUAGAGUAAUUCCCUUACCCCCUAAAAAAAAGACAUAUACACAUGUAUGGAGGUGGUACCAUAACCAUUGAAGAUUAUCCAAGGCAUGGUUAUUGUUAGAUGAGUUAGACAAGGGAACUAUAGAAUAAAGCAUUUAGUGUUCACCUUGCAAUGAUGAAUGUAUCUCAAUUAUAAAAUGCGGAAUUUCAAUAAAUAGAAUAAAAUUUAAAUGUAUUCUAUAAUUAUAGCAAUAAAUAUCUUCACUAUAAAGCCAAUCUUUGUUGGAGAAAGGUAUUUAUAGUCAAUUAAGCCCAAUAUGUUACUAGAAAUUU